CCUCGCACUUGUGGCUAUGCGACUAUGAUCUCGUGCUUGUGUCCGUGUCACAUUUGUGCUUCACGACGCUGAAGCUACCUAUACCAAUCAAUCCGACAGCUUCGACAGCUCCUACGAAGUAACCUUUGGGAUCUAGACCCCUGUCUCCACUGCGUCAUGCCCCGCAUUUGUGUCACUGCUAUGCUCGUCGUUUGACUGUUGCACACACUCACCUCAGCUCAGCCGGUUCGCUUCAAACCAGCAUUGGAAUCUCAUCUCACUUUUGCUUCAAUUAUUCCCGAUUACCAUCACAAAUCAUCUUUCACAAGCCUCUCCUUGAUAUCGUCACCCCGCCAUCACCCCACCUCGACUGAAACGCUCGCGCAGCCUUCAUCACAUUCAUUCGAGGACCUAACAAGCGAACCUUCACUCUCCGUACAAUACAAUUUAACGAAAAUAAGAACACCAAGAUGGCUUCCCAUUCCCUCAAAGGUCCCAAGCCAGAGGAGCACGACGGCAGCGCCCUGCGCAUCGGCAUCGUGCACGCGCGCUGGAACGAGACCAUCAUCGCGCCUCUGCUCGAGGGCACCAAGGCCCAGCUCGCCAAGUGCGGCGUCAAGGACUCCAACAUCGUCGUGCAGUCUGUCCCUGGCUCCUGGGAGCUCCCCAUUGCCGUUCAGCGCAUGUACACGGCCUCGCAGAUCCAGCAGUCCUCGUCGGGCGGCGCCUCCACGGCCGGCGAUCUCCUCGGCUCCUCGACGACGGACCUGACCUCUCUCGGCCCGGACGCGACCUCGUCGCGGCCCUUCGACGCCAUCGUCGCCAUCGGCGUGCUGAUCAAGGGCGAGACCAUGCACUUCGAAUACAUCGCCGACGCCGUGUCCCAGGGCCUCAUGCGCGUUGGCCUGGACCUCGGCAUCCCCGUCAUCUUCGGCGUCCUCACCGUGCUUAAUGACGACCAGGCCAAGGCUCGCGCCGGGCUGCUCAGCGGGAGCCACAACCACGGUGAGGACUGGGGUCUUGCGGCCGUCGAGUUGGGCGUUAAACGUGCGGCUUGGGCCCAGGGAAAGCUGGACUGAACGUGUCCGUUGGCGAUUAUUUAUGCGACUAGUUAAAGAUAAAAGAAUAAAGCUCGAAUACCGGGACCUCGAUGUGGACAGGUAGAUCAAACAGACGGGCCGUAUGCUGCAUUAACUGUAACUUUGGAUACAAUAGUGUCCGAUCCCUACA